UUGCGAAUGGAAGUGGGUGGGCGUGCGUUUCGGAUGUCAUUGCGGAAGCCUGUCGUUGGAUUUUAGGGGGUUUUAGCGUGAUCUGCCAUGCCUUUUAGGUGUGGUCUAGAUUGACGUGUUCACUUUGUCAUUUCCUUCUUUUUUCAAACUAAGUACGAGAAGGUGGUGAUGGCAAGGAUUUGAUGCAUUGAUGCCGCGUUUAUGAAAAUACAGCAAUAAUUUUUGCCUGCUAUCAGUUUGAGUUCUUUGGUCACCAAACAAGUGGUGCUUCUUAGUAAACACACCGGAGAUUGAUGCUGGAGACGGUGUCGCGGCGGGCUUUCGGCGGCUCGAGCGGCACGUACAACGUGCGGGACAGCGAGCUGGCGCGCGAGCGGCAGGUCCGCGCGCUGCCCUACACCGUCCUCUUCCUCGACCACAGCCAGCAUGUCUUCCACCUAGAGAAGAAGAGCCGGGGCCAGGCGCUGCUGGACCUCGUCUACCAGCACCUGGAGCUCAUCGAGAAGGACUACUUCAGCCUGCAGUUCUGCGACGCCGAGAAUGACGCGUCGGUUAUGCGCUGGCUGGACCCGCGCAAGCCGCUACGGCGACAGGUGGCCGGCAAGACGCAGCCGGCCACGUACCACUUCCGCGUCAAGUUCUACGUCACCGACCCCAGCAAGCUGCACGAGGAGUACACGCGCUACCACUUCUGCCUGCAGCUGCGCCGGGACGUGCUGGAGGGCCAGCUGCCCCUGCUGCCGUCCACCGCGUGCCUGCUGGCCAGCUUCGUCGCGCAGGCCGAGCUGGGAGACUUCUGCCCGGAGGAGCACCCGCCCGGCUACCUGGCGCGCCUGCCGCUGCUGCCGGCCGUCAACGACGACAUGGAGAAGAAGAUCACCGAGCUGCACGCCCGGCACAGGGGCCUGACGCCGGCCGACGCCGAGUUCUGCUACCUGGAGCACGUCAAACGGCUGGAGAUGUACGGCCUGGACCUGCACAGGGCCAAGGACUCGAGUGGUCGCGAGAUUCAGCUGGGUGUGGCGGCGGUCGGCCUGGUGGUGUUCCAAAACAAGAAGAAGAUCAACACGUUCUCGUGGGCAAAGAUCGUCAAGAUCGCGUUCAAGAGGAAGGAGUUCUUCAUACAGCUGAGGCGGGAACUGUCGGAGGACUACGACAGCCUGCUGGGCUUCAGCCUGCCCUCGUACCGCGCCUCCAAGACGCUCUGGAAGACGGCCGUCGAGCACCACACGUUCUUCAGGCUGAACGCGCCGCAGGCGCCCGUGCGCCGGCUCAUGGGCCUGGGCAGCCGGUUCCGUUUCUCGGGCCGCACCGAGUACCAGACGCUGCAGGAGGGCCGCCACCGCGCCCGGCUCGACCGACCGUUCGUCAGAGCGGGCCCGCAGCGGGGCGGUGUGCACCAGACGCUGCCAACGCUGACGCCGGAGGAGCGCCAGCGGCUGCUGGGUCACCGGCUGGGUACGCCGACCCAGCACCGGGUGACGGCGGCGCAGUCGAGCCGACCGGAGCCGCGCCGCGCCUGGACGGAGGACUCGCCCACCAGCGAUGGCAGCUUCCUGGAGCGACUGCCCCCGAUCGUGGUCGGCUCGGCCGGCAUGCCGCCCGUGGUGGAGCUCGGCCAGAAGGUGGUGCCGCAGCCGCUGCACGCGUCGGCGGCGGUGGUGCCGGCCGCCCCGGCGCCGCCGCCGCGCCCGCUGUCGGGCCCCCUCGGCGACCCGGCGCGGCCCUUCGUGCCCGCCGCGCCCACCAAGCUGAGCUACAUGGACGACAGCGAGGAGAGCGACAAGGGCACGCACGAGUCCACGUCACCCGUCAGCACAGAGCCAUCUGUGGGAAACGGCCACGUGGAGAGUCCCGCCGGCAGCCUGGUGGUGAUCCACAUGAAGCCCGACGACGAGGGGCGCUACGGCUUCAACGUCAAGGGCGGCGCCGAGUCCAGCACGCCCGUCACCGUCUCCAAGGUGGCGCCCCAGUCGCCGGCCGACCGCACCAUGCCCCGCCUCAGCGAGGGCGACCAGGUGGUGCUUAUUAACGGCGUGGACGUGUCCAAGUUCAGCCAUGACGAAGUGGUGAGCUUCAUCCGGUCGUCGCGGGAGCUGCACAGCGAGCUGGUGCUCACCGUCCGGCCCAGCGUGAACUACGAGGGCGGCGGCGAGGCGGAGGAGCCGCUGGUCCAGUACGUGCCCGACACGCCGUACGUCUCGCUGGCGCUGCCCGAGGGCGACGCGCUCGGGCAGUCCAUGCUCAUGCUGUCGGAAGCGCUGGCGAGCGGCGCAGCGCGCUCCGAGUUCGAGAAGCUGCCGCGGCGGGCGUCCGGCCUCAGCAUGGACGACUGCCGCCUGCCCGGCAAUGUGGCCAAGAACCGCUACAGGGACAUCUCGCCCUACGACAGCACCCGGGUGCUGCUGACGUCGGCCGACUCCGGCGACUACAUCAACGCCAACUACGUCAACAUGGAGAUUCCCGGUUCGGGCAUCGUGAACCGGUACAUCGCCGCCCAGGGGCCGCUGAAGCAUACGGCGGACGACUUCUGGGCGCUGGUGUGGGAGCAGCAGUGUCCGCUGGUGGUGAUGCUGACCACGCUGGUGGAGCAGGGCCGGGUCAAGUGUCAUCAGUACUGGCCGCCGGUCGGUGAGAGCCGUGUCCACGAGGGCCUGCGCGUCACCUGCACCGCCGAGCAGGUCACCGACAGCUUCGCCUUCCGCGAGAUCGCGCUCGUGGCCGAGGAGACGGGCGAGGAGCGGCACAUCUCGCACAUGCAGUACGUGUCGUGGCCGGACCACGGUGUGCCCGACCAGCCGGCCGACUUCGUGCGCUUCGUGCAGCGCGUGCGAACUGCGCGCGCCGGCCUGGUGGAGCCAACGGUGGUGCACUGCUCGGCCGGCAUCGGGCGCACGGGCGUGCUCAUCCUCAUGGAGACGGCCAUGUGCCUGAUCGAGGCCAACCAGCCCGUCUAUCCGCUGGAGGCGGUGCGCUGCAUGAGGAACCAGCGCGCCAUGAUGAUCCAGACUCCUAGUCAGUACCAGUUUGUGUGCCAGGCGGUGCUGCAGGUGUACGAGGAGGGCACGGUGCGGCCGCUGUCCGAGUACACGCAGAGGUGAGGGCGCCCGACCGACGGCCGCCGCUAGUCAACGCUGCAAGUACAAGGCCGCUACCUUCUGUCGUCGCGGCCGCUCGCCCGCCGGCGACGGGGAGGCACCUGCCGGCCGUCGUGGCAAACAACAGUGCCGGACGUCGGCGCCCCGUGGCGCUGCGAUCGUUCCCGGCCGGCGACGGCCCGCGACGUGCUGUGCGUGCCGCCGCGGACGCCUUUGGCUUUGGAUAGUUUUGUAAUUGAAGUUGCGGUGGCCCCGCUGGGGGCAGCGCGCGCGCGUGCGUGUGCGUGCGUGUGUCACGUGAUUACGCCUCGGCCCGUCAAAGGCCGUCGGGCCCAUCAGCCCGCCGACGUCCGCACCCGAGGGCAGCAGACGUGUGAUGCACAGUCCAGCUAGUUUUGAUGCGGUGCGUUGUCGGCCCGUGUGCGUGCACCGCGGGCUAUAUUUGUGCCGUCGGACGGGCGAGAGCGGACGCCCUGUUGUGGCAGCGAUGCUGGUGUUGUCCAUGUGUGCGGAAAUGAGCUUGGAGGCGCUUCAUGAUCUCGAUCUUAGUUUUGAGGUGGGAUAUUUUAUGGCAGUCCGGAUAAGUCGUUGGGUUGAAUGGCCUCAGGGGAGUCCAGCUUUUCGACUGGGGUUUUAUUCUCGAAAGUGUACAUUGUUAUUCAUCGUUUUUUUUUUGUCCGUCUUGUCACCUCACUAUCUGGUGAAUGCGCAAUACGAUAUUUAUUGCCGUUUCCACUUUACCUUACUGAGAAUCAAACACAGAAGACUGUUUUAAGUUGGCUUGAUCAGAUCAGCAACAAUACAGAAUGAAGACGGAAGCUUG